AAACAGCGGCUGCGGGCGGGCGGCGGGAGCGAGGGACGCUGAGCGGGCCGCCACCGCCUAGCAGCCCUCCAGCAAGUCAGUACGUCCGUUCGCCUGUGUGUUCUCCGCGGGUCGCGGCGGGUCCGAUAGCCGAGCCCAUGCAGCCGCGCAGCGAGCGCCCGGCUGGCAGGACGCAAAGCCCGGAGCACGGCAGCCCGGGGCCCGGGCCGGAGGCGCCGCCGCCGCCACCGCCGCCGCAGCCACCGGCCCCGGAGGCAGAGCGCGCACGUCCUCGGCAGGCCCGGCCCACGGCCCCAAUGGAGGGUGCAAUGCAGCUGCUGAGCCGUGAGGGCCACACUGUGUCCCACAACUCCAAACGGCACUACCACGACGCCUUCGUGGCCAUGAGCCGCAUGCGGCAGCGUGGCCUCCUGUGUGACAUCGUCCUGCACGUGGCGGCCAAGGAGAUCCGAGCACACAAGGUGGUGCUGGCCUCCUGCAGCCCCUACUUCCACGCCAUGUUCACAAAUGAGAUGAGUGAGAGCCGCCAGACGCACGUGACACUGCAUGACAUUGACCCUCAGGCCCUGGACCAGCUGGUGCAGUUUGCGUACACGGCUGAGAUUGUGGUGGGCGAAGGCAACGUGCAGACUCUGCUCCCAGCUGCCAGCCUCCUGCAGCUGAAUGGCGUCCGUGACGCCUGCUGCAAGUUCCUACUGAGUCAGCUCGACCCCUCCAACUGUCUGGGCAUCCGGGGCUUUGCUGACACGCAUUCAUGCAGUGACCUGCUCAAGGCAGCCCACAGGUACGUGCUGCAGCACUUCGUGGAUGUGGCCAAGACUGAGGAGUUCAUGCUGUUGCCACUAAAGCAGGUGCUGGAACUGGUCUCUAGCGACAGCCUGAACGUGCCUUCAGAGGAGGAUGUCUACCGUGCCGUCCUGAGCUGGGUCAAACAUGACGUGGAUGCUCGGAGGCAGCACGUCCCAAGGCUGAUGAAGUGUGUGCGCCUGCCCCUGCUGAGCCGGGACUUCCUGCUGGGCCACGUGGAUGCUGAGAGCCUGGUGAGGCACCAUCCUGACUGCAAGGACCUGCUUAUUGAGGCCCUCAAAUUCCACCUGCUGCCUGAGCAGAGGGGUGUUCUGGGCACCAGCCGUACACGGCCUCGGCGCUGUGAGGGCGCUGGCCCUGUGCUCUUCGCUGUGGGUGGUGGGAGCCUGUUCGCCAUCCACGGGGACUGUGAAGCAUAUGACACACGCACUGACCGCUGGCAUGUGGUGGCCUCCAUGUCCACGCGCCGGGCCCGGGUGGGCGUGGCGGCAGUUGGGAACCGGCUGUAUGCUGUGGGUGGUUACGAUGGGACUUCAGACCUGGCCACCGUAGAGUCGUACGACCCUGUGACCAACACCUGGCAGCCCGAGCUGUCCAUGGGCACAAGGCGCAGCUGCCUGGGCGUGGCUGCCCUGCAUGGACUCCUGUAUGCAGCUGGUGGCUACGAUGGGGCCUCCUGCCUCAACAGUGCUGAGCGUUACGACCCUCUGACGGGAACAUGGACCUCCAUCGCCGCCAUGAGCACCCGGAGGCGAUACGUGCGUGUGGCCAUGCUCGAUGGGAACCUGUAUGCCGUGGGUGGUUACGACAGUUCAUCACACCUGGCGACUGUGGAGAAGUAUGAGCCCCAGGUAAACGCAUGGACCCCCGUGGCCUCCAUGUUGAGCCGACGAAGCUCAGCAGGGGUGGCGGUGCUGGAGGGAGCCCUCUACGUGGCCGGCGGCAAUGAUGGCACCAGCUGCCUCAACUCUGUGGAGAGAUACAGCCCUAAGGCCGGUGCCUGGGAGAGUGUGGCACCCAUGAACAUCCGAAGGAGCACGCAUGACUUGGUGGCCAUGGACGGCUGGCUGUAUGCCGUGGGGGGCAACGACGGCAGCUCCAGCCUCAACUCCAUCGAGAAGUACAACCCGAGGACCAACAAGUGGGUGGCCGCGUCCUGCAUGUUCACGCGGCGCAGCAGUGUGGGCGUGGCGGUGCUCGAGCUGCUCAACUUCCCGCCUCCCUCCUCCCCCACGCUGUCCGUGUCGUCCACCAGCCUCUGA